ACAACACCAGUAAUUCCUCAAUCCAGUUAGUGUGUCAAAGACUUGGGUUUGGACUCACGGCCAUUCCGUCGCGGUACUUCGUUCAAGUAGUUUCUAUCUGCGAGUGUCUGUUAUUCAUCGUCGAUCGUUGUUUUAAAAUAGUUAUUAAAUCUACAAUUCCACAAUAUGGCUCUCGAUUUACAUCGCAAGUACAUCGAGAAAAAACAAGAUAGUGCACCGUUGGUGCCUAUCAAAGAUAUAAUAAAUUCCAAAUACUACUUGGAUCCUCUGGAGCUUUUGGGUGAGCGGAGCUUCAACGAACCUCGAGAAAUCGAGGAGUCUGAAAUCGGAAGUCCGGUACAAGAGUUUUUCCGGGAUGGAGUCGUAUUUUUAACCGGUGGUACAGGUUUUAUGGGCAAGGUUUUAGUGGAAAAACUACUCAGAACAUGUCCUCACAUUAAACAUAUUUAUUUGCUGAUACGAUCUAAGAAAGGGAAAAACGUAGAUCAACGGUUGGAAGAUAUAUUUGAAGACAGGCUUUUCAAAAGAUUAAAACACGAGGUACCCAAGUAUUAUCAUAAGGUUUCUGGAGUAGCCGGUGACUGCAGUUUGCCGGGUCUAGGAUUAAGCGUGAGCAGUCGAAACACAUUGAUUAAUGAAGUGAAUAUAAUUUUCCACGGAGCAGCUACUGUGCGCUUUGAUGAACAUAUCCGUGUAGCUAUGAACAUAAAUGUUUCCGGGACAAGAGAAUUACUAAGUUUGGCCAGAAAAAUAACCAACUUAAAGGUCAUGGCACACGUUUCCACAGCAUACUCAAACUGUAAUCGAUUGCACGUCGAGGAAAAAUUUUACGAUCCUAUUGCUGACUAUGAAGAUGUUUUAAAAUUGAUUUCUUCUAACGACGAUCAAACGCUUCAAGAUAUGACCAAAGAAAUCAUUGGCGAUUUACCAAAUACUUAUGCUUUUACCAAAUCUUUGGCAGAAGAUGCCAUCCGAAGAGAAGCGCAAGAUCUUCCAAUAUUAGUGUUCCGUCCCACUGUUGUUAUUGCUACUUACCGAGAACCAGUAAGGGGUUGGAUAGAUAAUGUUUACGGCCCUACAGGACUUAUAGUUGGAGCUGGUACAGGAGUACUUCAUACGUACUUUGGCGAUUCUAAUAUAAUUACUGAUAUGAUUCCAGUUGACAUGGUUGUUAACGCACUUAUAUGUGCAACCAAAGAAACUGCAACAAAUAAUAAAGACGACGAAAUACCGAUAUACACGUGCUCAAGUGCAGCGCAAAAACCAAUUAAGUGGAAUGAUUUUAUUGAGAUGAACAGACGUCAUGGAAUUUACUGGCCCACGAUCCGAGCAAUCUGGUACUACUCGUUCUGGGCCACCAACAAUCCAUACUUUUAUGCAUUAUUAAACUUUUUUUGCCAUAUCGUACCCGGAUAUUUACUGGACACAUUAGCUGUUAUCGCUGGACAAAAACCAAUAUUGAUGAAAAUAUACAAGAAAAUUGAUAAAGUACGUGAUAUAUUAGCCUAUUUCUCUGAUAAAGAAUGGACGUUCACUAACGAUCGAGUACUGGCGUUAUGGAAAUCUCUUGAUAGUCAAGAUCAAGAUAUAUUCAAUUUUGACAUAAAUCAGUUAUCCUGGGAGUACUUUAGUCAGGCACAUUGUCUCGGCUUAAGAGUUUACCUGGUAAAAGAUGAUAUUCAUACAUUGCCUGCGGCGAGGAAAAAAUGGGAAAAAUUAUACAUUGCGCACACUGGUUUACAAGUAUUCGUGUACGCCUUCUUACUGUACUGUGCAUGGACUAUUACUUCCCUAAUUCUCAAAUUGACUGGUUUCUUGUAAAGAAAUUCUUGCUGAUUACAACAUGAUUACAUGACUGAUUACUAUUGGACUUGUUACCAACAAUUACCUAUUGAAAGUACUCGUAACUAUAAAAAUAUGUACAACUGUUUUAUGUGGUUUUCGAGGAACAUAUUAUUUCCUCGAAUGCAAUUCCUAAUUUGUUUACUCUUUUAUUGUUGAAUAUUUCAACAAUAUUGAGCUCCAUAUACCUAUGUUAUUACUUAUUAGUUAUUACUAAUAUUAGGUACCUACGCUUAUAUGAUCCGUUAGUUGUGACAGUGAAGUAUUUUUAGCUUAAUAAACGUACGUAAUUCUGUUUCUUAAAAAGUCACCGUUUCAGUUAAAUAUUGGUUGUCGUAUUCUUUAUUUGUUUACCUACAAUUAUUAGCUAGUUAUUUUUUUUUUUUUUUAAUUACCUAGUUUUAAAAUCAGAACGUUUAAUUAUAUUAUAAUCUAUCUUGAGUUUGUUUGUUUGUUUGUUUUUCACAAUUUUAAAUGUAAUAUACAAUAUGUAUACAUAUCUAAAUAAUAGUUAUAAAUUAGGUAUUAGGUUUAUUUUAUUUGUAUUAAAUUUCUUUUCAACGCGUAUAUAUAUUUCUUAAUCAAUAAUAUAAUUGCGUUAAAUUAUGUCAUAUUUUUUUUUAAAUGUUAUACCUAAAUUGUCGUCAAAGCAUAUCCAAUAUUUAAAAACCAUUAUACGAUGUCUACUAUGUUUAAACGUCGGUGGGUAAUUUGUAUUUUGUGUAAUAGAAAAUUAUACGUUAUAAAAUAUUUUUAGUAGGUAAUAUAAUAUUGUUUAAAAUUUAAAUAUCUUAUAAAACGUAUUAUAUUAACUAUUGAUUGAGUUAUGAUCUUAAUUUGUCGACAGUUAGGUACCUAUUUUUACUACACACACAUACACUUAUAUACUGUACAUUUAUAUACCUAUAGUCUUAUUAUACAUAAUAUGAAUACAACACUUCUAUAUAAUGUUAUAUUCAAGCGUGUAAUUUCGUAGAACUAUAAUGUCUUUACAUUGGAACAAUGUAACUUCUCAAAAGAUUUUGUAUUUUUACCAGGUUAUUACGUAUUUUAUUUUAUAAUUGUUUAACCAUGUGAAAAUUAUAUGUUUUUACUUUA